CGGGAAUCUGCCCUAUCUGAUUUUCUCACCGAAAGUUAUUAUUAUUUUUACUAAAGAACGUUUGCAAAUUCUUUCUUGACUUACUUUCCUGUCAAGAAGUAUUUUUUCUUCUAGUUUCUGGCCCAAAUUGGACCUGAAUCAGAAAUAUUGCCACAAUUGCCCUGUUCUGACUAAUAUGUCACAUUGGUCUUCGACAUUUUGGGGGAGCACUGCGGGUUUACUCGGCGAGGACGAUGAAGCAGAGGCUGGCGAUGCCGAACAACAAACAUCCUGGGAUAACAAAGACAGCCUUAUAUUGGUAAUUGACUGCUCAAAGGAAAUGCUUCUAUAUUCCAGAGAUGAGAUCCCUUUCCAGUUGUGCGUAAAGUGUGCCAUUAGCAUCCUUAAGCACAAGAUCAUUAGCAGUAACAAAGAUCUGAUAGGUGUAGUGUUCUAUGCAACUGAGAAAAGCAAAAAUUCAAGUGAUUUCAAGCAUGUUUACAUUUAUCAGCAGCUGGAUCUCCCAGAUGCUCAGUGUAUUCUUGACCUUGAAAAAUUUCUAGAAGAUGACAGUUGUGAUGACUUUGGAAACACAUUCGGACAUAACAGUGGAUUUUCUCUGAAUGAUGUUUUGUGGACUUGUUCCAAUAUGUUUUCAAAUAGUCGUCAAAAAAAAGGCCACAAACGAAUUAUGUUAUUUACCAACAAUGAUAAUCCCCAUGCUGGGAAUCUUGCUCUCCAAAGACAAGCCAAGACAAAAUCAAGAGAUUUGAAUGAAAUUGGUAUUGCAAUUGAACUGAUGCACAUUCAGCCUCCAGACCAUGCUUUCGAUUCAAGUCUUUUUUACCAGGAUGUAAUACAAAUGGAUGAUGAUGAGGGAGGGAUUUUGCCAGAUCCUGCUGAGAAGUUUGAGGAACUACUAACCAGAGUGCAAAAGAAAGAGCAUAAGAAAAGACCAUUAGCAACUCUUCCAUUUAUGCUGGCUGAUGGAAUUGAGCUUGGAGUGUCUGUAUACAAUCUUUGCAGACCAGCAACAAAAUCCAGCUAUGUUAACCUAGACAGUCAUAAGAAUGAAGAAGUGAAAAUACACACCAAAUAUAUAUGUGUGGAUACUGGCAGAGAUCUAAUGCCAACAGAUAUAAAGCUUUAUCAGAUGUUUGGAGGUGAAAAAGUUAUCUUUGAGAAAGAGGAGGUGGCAGAAAUGAAAAGCUUUGGCAGCCCAGGUCUUCUCUUAAUGGGGUUCAAACCAAGGUCAUCACUGAAGAACUAUUUUCACCUCAGACCAGCACAGUUUCUUUAUCCCAAUGAAAAGAAUAUUUCUGGGAGUACAACAUUGUUCUCUGCACUUCUUAACAGAAGUCUUGCUAGAGAUGUGAUUCCAAUAUGCCGGUUGAUUCCAAGGGCCAAUACUGCUCCAAGAUUUGUAGCUCUACUCCCACAGGAAGAAGAACUGGAUGAGCAUAACAACCAAAUUACCCCUCCUGGAUUUCAUCUAAUUUUUCUUCCAUUCACUGAUGAUCUUAGGAAAUUGAAAUAUGAGGAAACUCCUAAAGCCACUACAGAACAAGUGAAUAAAGCCAAGGAAGUGAUCAAGAAACUCACAUUGGGAUUUGAUUGCUCAAAUUUUGAGAAUCCUACCCUACAGAAACAUUACAAGAACCUGGAGGCAUUAGCUUUGGAUAGAGAUGAGCCUGAAGAGGUUAUUGACUUAACAGAACCAAAGGUAGAAUCCAUUGAUUGCCAAGCCGGGGAAGCCAUAAAAGAGUUUAAAGAUGUAGUUUUUCCUGAUGAUUAUAAUCCAGAUGCCAAACCUGCACCAAAGAGAAAGGCUGUGGAUUCAUCAGGAGGUGCUGCCAAAAGAACUAAAGCAGGAGAUGGGGUUGAAGUUAACAUGCGAGAAGAGGCACAGCAAGGCAGACUUUCCAAGCUCACUGUCCCAGUGCUUAAAGACUUUGUUAAAGCAGCUGGCAUCAAAUGUGGCUCAAAAAAGGCUGAUCUAAUAGAAGCUAUCAAAGAACAUUUUGGAGUUUGAUGUACAGGUUAAUCUCCUUUUUUAUCAUCAGAGUAAUUACUUCACCCAGUACUUUUGUAUUUAAAGGUGAAUUCCUGAGGAGAAACCAGAAAUCUUUAAUUUCUGAUCUUCAAUUUUAACUAAACAAGAAACUUUUACAACUUGUAACACAGUUGUAGUAAAAUAUUAGAUUUAUUCCCAGAUGAUAAAUACUGAAUUGGAUAAAAGUAAGCUAUAAAUACAGAUUUUGCCAAUCUUUUUUUUCACUGAUGUUAUGUGUUUGUUUGUUCAGCUAUGAUGAACCUAAAAGUGAUUUUGACAAAUACUAAGCUUGGAGGCCAACAAUGUAAAUAACUUAAUUCUUUGUAAUAUUGAGAUGGAUUGCAGAAUUGAGGACAACCAUUUUCUCUCCUAUAUUCUGUGCAGACAUUUUUUAGUCACCACUCAGAAUCCUUAAAUAAACUAGAGUUGUACUCUG